GGAUGCCGUGUCAGCUGAAGAUCGAGAUGAACAUCUGCAGCUGCGACUACGACGGGAUAAUCCUGGUCUCGGGCUGCGCGCCCGGCUUCGACGAGCCCGAGCCCUUCAGGACAGUCCUGUACGCGGCGGCACAGAUCGAUUCCGCCCUGGGUGUGAUCGGCGCGGUGCUGCCUAUCAAUCUGCCCGCGAAAAGGCUCGUUUACAGUCCGACUGGGCCGCUCAAUAUGGACUACCACGACGUGCGGAGUUUCGCCGAGGCGGCUACCAAGGGGAUCCAAAGGGCGCUGAAGGCAGGAGUCAGGUGUCCUCUUCUGGCGCUUCUGCCGGACGUUCGGUUCGAGAAUGUCGAGCUGGUCACACUUCUUGGAGCACUGGAAGGCCUUUACGUGCCCCUGGAGGUGCGAGAAAUAUGCCCGGACCGGUGCUACAAGGCGUGCCAGCUGGCCGUCUGGAGUCCGAUUUGCAGCAAGAAGCUUCAGGGCAUCGUGAAGCUGGCCUCGGCACUCGAAAGCGGAAGAUACGUCGCGAGGGACAUCGGUGGAGCUGAUCCAGAAAGAAUGGCGCCGCCGCGAGUAGAAGAGUACCUGGCGGAGUUGUUCUGCGGCUCGAACGUGACGAUGCAGGUGGUGUCCGAGCAGGACACGCUGCUGCAGGAGUACCCUCUGUUCGCCUGCGUGAACCGAGCGGCGUCGAUGAUCCCGCGGCACGCCGGCAGGAUUAUCUUCCUGACCUACGAGCCUCCUAAUCCGUCCUGCGUCCUGGAAACGGUGAUGCUCGUGGGAAAGGGUGUCACUUACGACACCGGCGGCGCCGACCUCAGGAUCCAGGGCGCAAUGUUCGGCAUGUCGAGGGACAAAUGUGGGGCGGCCGCGUGUGCCGGAUUCAUGCAGGUGGUGAAUUUACUGCAGCCGCCCACGGUGAAAGCCGUGGCGGCUUUAUGUGUGGUGAGGAACAGCAUCGGCGAGAAUUCUUACGUUUCCGACGAGGUGAUCACCGCGAAAUCCGGGGUUAGGGUACGUGUCGGGAAUACGGACGCCGAGGGUCGGAUGGCAAUGGCCGAUGCCCUCUGUCACAUCAAAGAAAUGGCCCUUUGCUCUGUUAAUCCCCACAUCUUCACCGUCGCGACGCUCACCGACCACGCGAUGUUGACCGUCGGCCGAGGAUACUCGAUCGCCAUGGACAACGCAGUGGCGCGUCUCGUCAGUAACGCGGAGAAGCUUCAGGCGUCCGGCGAGACGAUGGGCGACCCGUUCGAGAUAUCGAGGAUACGCAGGGAGGACUUCAAUUUCCACGAGGGUCUAACAGAAGGUGACGACGUUCUGCAAUCGGCCAACAAAGACACCGCGAUCACCGCGAGGGGACACCAAGGGCCGUCCGCUUUUCUCAUCAUGGCGUCCGGUCUCGACAAGCACGGCGCCUGUAGCUGCUCGCCCCUCAAGUACACGCACGUCGACAUCUUCGGGCACCUGCCGAGGCCGCACCACCUGCCCUACAGCGGCAACCCGGUGCUGGCGCUGUCCUACUGCUACCUGAUCCAGGGGAAAUGUCUGACCGUCAGGAACGACCUGCCGUUCGAGAUGCAGUACGUCUGCGAGACCGACUGCAAGCCCGUCUGCCUGCAACUCCGACCGCCCUGUCCGCCCUGUCCGGUCCCCUGCGAGGUCAAGGUCCCCUGCGCGCCUGGAACCUGCUCCUGCGAUCCUCCCUGCGACCCCUGCUGCCUGCCCAAUUGCUACCAACCGCCGCCUGGUCCACCCUGCGCGGCCAUCGACGGAAACUGCGCGCCGUGCGCUGAACCUGUCACCGUGGUUGAACCGAUCUGCAGGCCUAAUGUGAUGAACCUCUGCGAUUGA